CUUCCCCUUUGAGGGGCAGCUUGUUGCCCUCUUCCUUUCUUUCCAGGCGAGCAGUGACUGGUGGUGUUCGAUAUCCAACGAAGCGGAACUCCUGGUACAAAAGAGGAGGGAGCCUCGAGUUGGAGUUGUUCCCUGGGAACAGAGGAAAACGAGUUUCCGAGCUUUCCGUUCUCACGUAAAACCUACCGUUACAGCUAGACGGACGAGCGAGGGAGUUGGACGAAGAUGAGAGGUCCCAGUGGCCCGCUGCUGAGGGCUGCUCUGGCCGGGGCAGUGCUCGCUAGCGGAGUGUUGGGCGUGGAGGUGCUGGAGACGUCAGGCUUCAGCAGCUGCAACACGAACGCGACCGUCUCGGUGCAGAAGGUCGAUAUCAAGUACGACAACGACAACAAGACGGUCACGUUCGACGUGGCGGGGACGAGCGACAAGGUGCAGAAUGUGACGGCCGUGCUCAACGUCACGGCUUACGGCCAGAACGUCUACUCCAACUCGUUUGAUCCGUGCGACUCGAAGACGUUUGUUGAGCAGCUUUGUCCUGUCCCUGCUGGCACCUUCUCCGCCCGGGGGUCGCAACAAAUACCAGAGCAGUACGCCAAUCUAGUGCCAGCGAUAGCCUUCCAGAUCCCGGACAUCGCAGCCAUGGCCACGCUGCAGCUGACGUCGCGGGAAUCGGGAGAGAUGGUGGCCUGUAUCCAGUCCCAGGUGUCCAACGGCAAAACGGCCAGCGUCCCUGCCGUCUCGUACGUGGCUGCCGGCGUGGCGGGAGUGGCCUUGGUGUUGGGCGGCGUCUCGGCAAUGGGGGCCGCGUUUGCGGGCGGCAGCGCUGCCGCUGGGGGCGGCUCCGCUGCUGGCGGCGCGAGCACCCUCAGCCCCAGCUUCACCGAGGUGUUUGGCUGGUUCCAGGGCAUGGCCAUGAACGGCAUGCUGUCGGUCAACUACCCCAGCGUCUACCGGAACUUCGCCAAGAACUUCGGCUUCUCGACCGGCCUGAUCCCAUGGACGCAGAUGCAGGUCUCCAUCGACAACUUCCGUGCGGCCACCGGAGGCAACCUCACCAACAACAGCGUCGAGGCGCUCAGGAACGCGACCCUGGUCUUUCCCGAUGGCUCCUUGCAGACGACUGACCAAGGCGUGCUCAAGCGAGCGUUCGACCAAUUCGCCCAGCUCGCCGCUCGCCAGAUCGAGACGAGUGUUAACGCCACGGCCGACCAGACGACGGCUGCGUCGCAGUCUCAGAACGGGGCCGUGAGCACUGUCCGCGUGGCCGUCUCGGGCAUCCAGGGAUACGUGGAGCAGCUCAGCGUCCCGUCCGGCAACACGUUCAUGACGGUGCUCCUUAUCGUCGCGAUCGUCAUUGCGGCCAUCGUGGUCGGUAUUCUGCUGGUCAAGGUUGUCCUCGAGUUCUGGGCGCUGUUUGCCAGCUUCCCAAAAGCCCUGACCGGGUUUCGCAAGCACUACUGGCGCUCCAUCGCGCGAGCGAUCACGUCUCUGAUUCUGCUGCUGUAUGGCAUCUGGGUCCUGUACUGCGUGUUCCAGUUCACCCGCGGUGAUUCGUGGGCCGCCAAGGUGCUCGCCGGCGUCACGCUCUUUCUUUUCACCGCCAUCCUGGCCUUCUUCUCGUGGAAGAUCUGGAGCACGGCGCGGCGGCUCAAGAAGAUGGAUGGCGACAUCGGCGGCCUGUACGAGGACAAGCGCAUCUGGGUCAAGUACAGCCUGUUUUACGAGUCGUACCGGCGGGACUACUGGUGGAUCUUUGUGCCCACCAUUAUCUACAUGUUCGUCAAGGGCUGCGUGCUGGCGGCCGCGGACGGGCACGGGAUGGCGCAGACGAUCGCGCAACUCAUCAUCGAGGCCGUCAUGCUGAUCCUGCUGCUCUGGAGCCGGCCGUAUGAGCGCCGGUCCAGCAACGUGGUCAACAUCACGAUCCAGGUGGUGCGGGUGCUGUCGGUGGUGUGCAUCCUGGUCUUUGUGGAGGAGUUCGGCAUCGCGGAGACGACGCAGACGAUCACGGGCGUGGUGCUCAUCGCGGUGCAGUCGGCGCUGACGGGCAUCUUGGCCAUCCUGAUCGGGUGGAACGUCAUCAUCACCUGCUGCAAGCAGAACCCGCACCGCAAGCGCCGCAAGGAGAUGGAAAAAAUGCAACAGCGCGACACCCUCACUCCGCUCGACGCACGCAACUCCCUCCUCCUCGGCUUCCCCAAGACCACCACGUCGGACGGCUUAUCGGCCCUCUCUAUCAGCAAAACGGGCUUCGCCGCCGCCGCCGGCGAAUCCAAAGAGCCGGUCCGCUCUGCGUCGCCCGAGCAGUUGUACAACACCAGCACCAGCAACAACGGCUAUAAUUCAGCGGCUACCGCCAAAUCGAUGCCUGCGCCGCUGGCUGUGAAUUUCCCGUUGGGACAGGCUGGGCAGAAUCCGAGCCGGGAGAAUCUGGUCACGGGCGCGGCGCCGCUGGGCGGGGUGGAUAUGGAUAUGCGCCAGCCGACGUUGCCGGAUCUGGAGGAUGGGUUUGCUGCUGGCGGUGCUGGUGUGGGUGCUGGCGCUGCUCGCGGUGGUGGUGGUGGUGGCGGCGGCGGCGGUGGUGGUGGGUAUGGGCCGCAGGGACCGCGCGGGUAUGGAGGGUAUGGAGGGUCUGGAGGUUAUGCGGGUUAUGGGGGUCCGUAUGGAGGAUAUUGAAUCGUCGACUCAGGCCAGUUAUGGCUCUGGGUGUAUAAGUACGGGCGGCGCGAAGUCGCGACGGCUUUGUUUAAGCUCCUUUGUAUAGGCUCCUUUGUAUGUACCUGUGU